GUCACCUUAGCAUGUGAGAAUCAGCAAAUACUGUGGAUCAGCGCACGGCCAUUCGAGUCGCUUGUAGAUAGUAAGAAAAGGGUGUUACAAUGGGUUUUGGCGACUAUCCUCCCGAAUACAACCGGGCUGUGCAUGGAUCCUAUGAUCCGGCACGCUACUAUGGAAAACCUGAUACACCCCUAAGCGAAGUACGCCUGUCGGAGCUAUGGGCAUGGCUGGGCCGCCGCAAUAAGAGUCCCCAAGCGAUGGUUGCUGCUAUUUCUCGCGCUCACUGGAGGUGGAUGCAUAAGUACGUCCAUCCAAAGUACUCAAACUUUACUCCUAUCGGACAAAUGUUUGUGGUCAGUUCGCUGUUUUUCUACUAUCUCAACUACUCUAAACUGAAGCUUCACAGGAAAUACAAGUACCAUUGAAAAACUUCAUCUAUUAAAGAUUGGGCAAAGCGAAUGCCAGUUCAAAUUUUAUGAAAAACACAAUAGUAAUAGCGAAUACGACCUAACAGCUGUAAUGGAAAGGAAUAAUUGUAAGAUGUGAAACAAUAAAACAGCAUUACAUACGUAAAGAAACAUA